GCCGGGAAGCUGUUGCAGGAGCGAUGCCCGCGCCCAGCCCGGGGCCCCGCGAGGUCCUGGCCUCCUCCCCAGAGGCUGGAUCCAGAGCAGCUGCUGCGGGUUCCAGCUCCCGUGGCCUCCUCUGGCAUCUACAGGACAAGCGGUUGCGCCUAGGCCUGUUUGAGAUUGACCCGGGGCAUGAGCUGCACCAGAUGACGUGUAUGAUGCAGGCAGGGCUGUGGGCUGCCACGCAGGUCUCCAUGGACCACCCGCCCACAGGGCCGCCCACUGAGGAGGAUUUCUCCCAGGUCCUGACCCAGGUUCACGAGGGCUUCGAGCUGGGCACCCUGGCUGGCCCGGCCUUCGCCCGGCUGCGGCGUUCCCUAGGCCUGGCGGAUGAGGACUACCAGGCUGCGCUGGGCCCCGGCGGCCCCUACCUGCAGUUCCUCAGCACCUCCAAGAGCAAGGCCAGCUUCUUCCUGUCCCACGACCAGCGCUUCUUCCUGAAGACCCAGCGGCGCCGGGAGGUGCAGGUGCUGCUCGCCCACCUGCCCCGCUACGUGCAGCACCUGCAGCGGCACCCGCACUCUCUGCUCGCGCGGCUGCUGGGAGUGCACAGUCUCCGGGUGGCCCAGGGAAAGAAGAAAUACUUCAUCAUCAUGCAGAGCGUCUUCUUUCCCGCCGGCCGCAUCUCCGAGAGGUAUGACAUCAAGGGCUGCGAGGUGAGCCGCUGGGUGGACCCGGCCCCGGAGGGCAGCCCCAUCGUCCAGGUGCUGAAAGAUCUCAACUUUGAGGGCAAGACUAUCAACCUAGGGCCCCAGCGGAGCUGGUUCCUCCGCCAGAUGGAACUGGACACUGCCUUCCUCCGGGAGCUCAACAUGACAGAUUACAGCCUCCUGGUGGCCUUCCAGCCUCAUUUUCUAGAAGGGGAUGCCAGGGGAGUCGGUAGCCUCACCCUCCUGUCUGUCCCCAGGUCUGUGCGAGGGAUCCAGAGCCCGGAGGAGUCUGGAGCCCAGAACCGCCGGCUGCUGCCGGACGCCCCCAACGCCCUGCACAUCGUGGAUGGGCCGGAGCAACGCUAUUUCCUGGGCCUCGUGGACCUCGUCACGGUCUACGGGCUUCACAAGCGGCUGGAGCACCUAUGCGGGACGCUGUGCUGCUUGGGCCGGACCUUCUCCCCUGUCAGCCCAGCUUGCUACGCCCGUCGCCUCUGCCAGUGGGCGGAGGCGCACACCGAGUGACCGGCGCCGGGCCGCUCUCCCCAUCUGGACAAUGGGCGCACGCCCGGAACGACGGUUCCAGCCUGGCCAGGGCAGCAGGUUGGGCUCCCCUCGCCGGCUGUUCCUCCCGUUGGCCUCCAGAGGGCGGUGUCCGCUCACUAACACGAAGGCGACACAGCCUCAUUCGACGGUGUUGCUGUGCCUGGCACUGUGCCAGGGACUCCCCCACAUUAGCUCAUUUAAUCCUCAAAAAAUGCUAUUAUUUUCUUUUUACAGACCAUGAAAUGGAGGCUCAGGGGGUGAAGGGACUGAGCAAGAUCAUUCAGCAAUGAAAGCUGGAACCAGGACUCGACUAUGCCUUUUGGACUCAGGAGCCUGUGUUCUUGCCCACCAGCUCCCGCAGCCUGUCCCCAUGCUCUGGGGAAGCAGGGAGACUGAAGGCUCCAGCCCAGCCCCCUGGAGCCAUCCAGAUGGGGAAACUGAGGCCCAGAGACUUUAAGGGGCUUAUGCACGGGAAACUCCAGCCGGGCCUCUGACCCCCGUCCAAUCCGACCAUGCCCAAGCCGUCCUUUCCUCUGGGGCCUGGCUGUGUGACCUGGGCAAGGUGCUAAACCUGUCUGUGCCUCAGUGGUCUAAUCUGUAAAAUUGAAAGGAUGAAAACGGACCUCAUUAACGCAUUAAAUAUUCAUUGAGCACCUGCUA